CCAACGGAUUCCGAAAGGGCCAACGACCUCUUCCAUUACGAAUACGUAGUCUCACAAAGCAAACGAUACCUGUUGCUGCCACUGCAAGGGCCGUCUCCUGCCGGGUCCAGCGCAAAAUGCCUACCAUUUCUGUGGACAAGGCUGCCCUCUUCAAGGCACUGGGGAGAGAUUACACGACGGAAGAAUUCGACGAGCUAUGUUUCGACUUCGGCAUUGAGCUAGACGAGGACACCUCGUUGACAGAACGACCGAUCGUGGACGGUGUGCAAGAGCCCCCACAGCUGAAGAUCGAAAUCCCUGCCAACCGAUAUGACAUGUUGUGCUACGAAGGCAUACAACUUAUGCUAAACAUCUUCAACCGCAAAGUCGACGCACCCAAGUACGUUCUGAAGGCACCGGCAAAGGGAGAGCUGCAGACCAUUACAGUGACGAAAGACACGGCCAGAAUAAGACCGUAUGUCUCGGGAGCAAUUUUAAGGAAUAUCAAGUUCGACCAAGCGAGAUACGCCUCAUUCAUUGACCUCCAAGACAAGCUCCAUCAGAACCUUGCCCGACACCGGACACUGGUAUCUAUUGGUACUCAUGACUUGGACACCAUCAAAGGACCAUUCACAUACGAAGCACUGCCUCCCAAGGAUAUCAAAUUCGCUCCUCUAAACCAGACCAAGGUAAUGAAUGGCGAGCAACUGAUGGAUUUCUACGACAAAGACAAACAUCUCGGCAAGUAUCUUCACAUCAUCCGAGACUCUCCUGUUUACCCUGUCAUCUACGACUCCAACCGCGACGUGUGCUCUUUACCGCCGAUUAUCAAUGGCAACCUCAGCAAAAUCACUCUAGACACAAAAAAUGUUUUUAUCGAGGUGACGGCCACAGACAAGACCAAACUAGAAGUCGUCGUCAACAUAGUCGUCGCUAUGUUUUCGCAGUACACAGCGGAGCAGUUCACCGUGGAGCCCAUACAGAUCGUAUCCGAGCACAACGGCGAGUCUCGGCAGGUUCCCGACCUCACACCACGUACGACACAAGCAGAAGUAGACUACAUCAACGGCUGCAGUGGGCUCUCUCUCACCACACAAGAGGUCUGCACGCUGCUCACCCGCAUGAGUUACACCGCGCGCCCGUCCAAAUCCAGCCCGAACCUGAUUGACGUCGACGUACCGAUUACCCGCGCAGAUGUACUUCACCAAGCCGAUAUCAUGGAAGAUGUCUGUAUCGCCUAUGGCUUCAACAAACUCCCUCGCGCUUUCCCCAAGGUCGGCGCGACGGUUGCAGCUCCACUCGCCGUCAACAAGUUGUCCGACAUUCUUCGCCUCGAGGCCGCAAUGGCGGGUUGGGCCGAGGUGCUGCCCCUGAUCUUGUGCUCACACGAUGAGAACUUUGGCUGGCUCAACCGUAAAGACGAUGGCAAGACGGCCGUGCGCCUGGCCAACCCCAAAACGGCAGAGUACCAAGUCGUCCGCACCACGCUGCUCCCCGGCCUGCUCAAGACGAUCCGCGAAAACAAGCACCAUUCCUUACCGAUGAAGAUCUUCGAAGUGUCGGACGUGGCGUUCAAGGACGAAUCGCUGGAGCGCAAGUCCCGCAACGAGCGCCAUUUCGCGGCGGCGUGGUACGGCAAGACGUCUGGUUUUGAGGUCGUUCACGGCCUCCUGGACCGUGUCAUGGCCAUGCUGCAAACCGCCUUCAUCACCCACGAGGAAGGUCUGGAGAUCAAGAAUGGGAACGCCAAGGGUAUGCACUACUGGAUCGAGGAGCUAGAUGACCCGACGUACUUUGCCGGACACGGAGCCAGUAUUCAUGCAAAGAUUGCCGGCAAGGAUCUUGUCAUUGGCACCUUUGGCAUCCUGCAUCCCACUGUGCUGGAGAAGUUUGAGCUCAAGUACCCGGUUAGCGCGUUGGAGUUCAAUGUGGAAGUCUUUCUAUGAGCGAUCUGCCUGCCGCGAAAUUUGCAAGAGAAGAAGGGUAGGAUGCGGCAUGACCCAACGAGCAUGUGGGAAACUGGCGUUGUAAGAAAAGAAAAAAGAGGAGACGCAGUCUAAAACGAUAGAAACGUAGAAGUUUGCCGUUCUCUAGGGUUGUGCACUAAAAGAAUCCAAGAAUCCAAGAAUUGAGAAUCAGGAAUCGAAGAACAUGUUCAUUG